AGUUCAAAUUUUAUCGAGUUUAACUAGAACUUGGUCCAUUUAAGUUUCACGGGUUUAUGAUCCAACCCGAAUCCGACCCUUUGAUACUCCUACCCUCCGGUAUAUAUUUGUAUUGGCGACCCGAAACGCUCCUUAGAAGAGUCGUUAAAGGGUGUUCCGAGUCCUCCUCCCGGCGUUCCCCCCAAACUCCCCAGGUGAAUUGGUGGAAAAGAUUCAUGUAGCCGACCCCACCUAGCGGGACUUGAGGCUUGUUGUUUUCGGUUUCAUGCCCGGAAGGUUUUGAUAAAAGAUCUGGAGAUCAAUGGAGAGAGAGCUAGUGGAGCUGUUUGAAUCGGCAAAGAAGGCUGCGGACGCAGCGGCAGGUGAAGGGGUUUCCUCGAGUGGUCCUGAGGUGUCGCGAUGCAUCGAUGUGUUGAAACAGCUUAAGAAUUCUCCUGUGUCGUAUGAUGUUCUCGUUUCAACGCAGGUUGGAAAACGGCUUCGUCAUCUCACAAAACAUCCAAGGGAGAAAAUCCAGGUUGUGGCUUCUGACUUGCUUGAUAAGUGGAAAAAGAUAGUCAUUGAUGAAACGACCAGAAAUAAGAAAAAUGGUAGCUUAGAAAAUAAAUGUUCAACCAAGAUGGAGGUUGCAAAAGCAGAGACUGCCAGAGUUGAGAAGGUUCAGAAGUCAGUAGCAGUAAAGGUUGAGAAAGUGGAGAAAUCUGAGACAGUCAAGGUUGAGAAAAUUGAUAUAAGCAAUUUAAUGAAACCUGGGAGUACUUCAACCUCAGAAACUAUCAAGGUUGAGAAAAACAAUGGGGUUUCUGUUAAGGUUGAAAAGAUCUCCAGGGAAGAGAAACCAACUUCCAGCAUCAAGAAACCAUUGCAAGCUGCCAAUGGCCCUCCUAAGCUGACUUCAAUGAUCAAGUGCAAUGAUGCUUUGCGCGACAAAAUUCGUGAGCUCCUUUUAGAGGCCCUGUCCAGAGUUGCUGGUGAGGCUGAUGAGGGCAUUAAGGAUGAAGUGGAUGCCUGUGAUCCAAUACGGGUGGCAGUCUCAGUGGAAUCUGUAAUGUUUGAGAAAAUGGGCCGAUCUAAUGGGAGCCAAAAGGUUAAAUACAGGUCUAUAAUGUUCAACCUCAAGGACUCAAACAACCCGGAUUUAAGGAGAAAAGUUCUUCUUGGCCAGGUUAAGCCCGAGAUGCUUAUGACAAUGACUCCGGAAGAAAUGGCAAGUAAUCAAAGGCAACGCGAGAAUAAACAAAUAAAAGAGAAAGCCCUGUUUGAUUGUCAGCGCGGUGGCGCACCAAAAGCCACUACUGAUCAGUUCAAGUGUGGCCGUUGUGGGCAGCGCAAGUGUACUUACUAUCAACUGCAGACCAGGAGUGCAGAUGAACCCAUGACGACGUUUGUGACUUGUGUAAACUGCAACAACCAUUGGAAGUUCUGUUAGGGCAUAUUUUCUGUUGCAGUGACAAUUGGGCGGUCACAGAUGGACAGCUGAUUAGCUGUGAAGUUCCAUCAUUCCUUAUAAUGGAUCAAAGCUUAUGCUUUGGUCUUUGUCUCUUUCAGACAAAUCUUUUCUGCCAUAAUUAAUUGCUAUAGGGAUAAUUUGUUUUUCAAGUUUUAUCCAAGUGAGUUAUUUAGACUUAGAAUGUAUGGAUUAGUUGUAGGAUCUGUGCCAAACCCUAAGAAAGGUGCAUUUUAUUGAGUCAAAAGUUUUCUUCUCUAAGCUUAUUUGGCUCCUUGAUCAUGUUAGUUGGUACUGUAAGGCAUUGCUUAUUCUAUUCGAGAGUUUUCAUUUAUCAAGUCAAUGGCGAGACUUUGUAUAAAGUGAUUUGCGUUUGGUAAACUGCAACAGCAUAACAACAGCAGACAGCAAAAACAUGCUACCGUGAAAACCAUGCCAAACAACCUUUCUGGGCUUUCACAACGCUUUUGCACAGGCAGUCGAAGCUCCCCAUCCUGGGCUUUUUAUGUUUUGUUUUAUUCUGUUUUAUUUUUGUUUUUUGUUUCUAUUUUUUUUAAUGUGCUCACUGCCUUAUGCUUGUAGUUGAAUGUACUUGAGUAAAUUAACAAAAUCUACAAUUAUAUGCC